UAAAAUGUGGAUUUUGCCCCCUCUAGUGGAUUUUUAGAGACGGUGUUAGAUGCACCAUCCACUCUGUGUAUGAUGUGAUGUAACCAAUAAAGAAAAUGCAUGUAGAUUAUAUCAGGUCAAAAACACAGUUCAUCAUAUGAGAAACUUUAUAGUAGAAUAAGAAGUAGAGCAAGAAUGUCUCAGCCUCACAAUCAUAUUCAUAAAAAAAAAAAACUUAUUCUGAUAUUUUGAGAGUUUUACAUAUUUGUAAGAUUGUGAGGGAUGUCUUCAGAUAUUUUCUUGUGGAUGAGAGGUUCUUCAGAAUAUUAUCUGUUGGUUUAUAAUGUAAUGAAAGUUAAGAUGGGGAGAAAUGCUCUAUAUUAUCACCUCUGUAUUGUCCAAAAAUUUAAGCAGAAACACCUAUGGCACUAUUUGAAUAAUAAAUUGUAAUUAUACAUAGAUUUCAAACUACGGGGGUACUGGGUGGCUACCCAACUGCUGAAACUCAACCAGUAGAAGUUGGGUGAUGCAGCAGGACAAUGACCUUAAACAUUGAAGAAAAUCUACUACAGAAUGACUUCAAACCAAGGAAAUGUACCAUUUGUAGUGGCCCAGACCAGAGAUGUUGUGGAAUAACCUGAAGAGAAACGUUCAUACCAGACAUCCAAUAAGAAUAUGACUUUUAUAAGGAAGAAUGGUCCAAACUUCAUCUGAAUGUUGUGCAGAUCUGAUCAGCAGCUACUGGAAGAGCUUAUUUGAAGUUAAUGCUGCCCAAGGAGGUUCAACCUGUUAUUAAAGCCAAGGGUUAACUUACAUUUCCAGAAGCACUGUUAAUGUUUGAUGGGUGUGUUCCAUAAAGAUAUGAAGGAUUAUAAUUAUCAAAUUGUUGUUGUUAUGUAAGUAAAUUGUGUUUCUCUUAGAUGAAGAUCAGGUCAUUCCAAAGGGUUCACAUACUUUGUCUUGCUACUACACAUUACAUAAAUGAAUCAAGUGGAAAAAAGAAAUAUAUUUGAGCAUGAGGAAACUUUUUAUCCAGUAAAAUCAACUUAUUUACCAUAAAAUCCAGAAUAUUCCAACUCUAACAGAUCUCACUUUCAGUGGGUGCAAUAGUAUAGCUUUAGACUAAGGUCAAAAAUAAAAUGAAAAAAUACAAAAAAAAACAAAAAAGGGAGACCCCCCCAAAAAAGAAAGCUUCCAUUUCUGUUUAAAUUAGAUUAAAAUUACUUCCGUAAUUUAUGAACAUGUGAACAUCUCAAAUUAAUUUUAUAUUGGGUGAUUUAAUGUUUUACUAUAAGGGUGCGGUGCGGCUCAAUUGUAUCGAUUUCUGAAAUCUACCGGAUACCAUAACGUUACUGUCGCAAACCCCGAGUGUCGUGAACACUGGCCGCCCACUGAAGAUGGCGGCGGAGCUGCAUCCGCGGAGCGGAAAGCUGAUCGGCCUGUCCAACUCGAACCGAACCGCUCGGCGCAACCAGCCAGUCCAGGAGUUCAACCACGGCCUGGUGCUUAGCAAGGAGCCACUGAGGGACAGAGAUGUCUUCACUGUCCGCAUUGAUAAGAAGGUGAACUCGUGGAGCGGUUCCAUUGAGAUUGGCGUGACGGCACUGGACCCCGCCGCGCUGGACUUCCCCAGCAGCGCCACAGGCCUGAAGGGCGGCUCCUGGAUCGUGUCGGGCUGCUCGGUGCUGCGUGACGGCCGCUCGGUCCUGGAGGAGUACGGCCGGGACCUGGACCAGCUGGCCGAGGGCGACCGCGUGGGCAUUCAGCGCAGCUCCCGCGGGGAGCUCCACCUCUGGGUUAACGGCCAGGACUGCGGUGCGGCCGCCAGCGGCUUGCCGCCCAAGCUGUGGGCAGUGGUGGACCUGUACGGCAAGUGCACUCAAGUGACGGUGGUGAGCUGCGAGCCGCCGCCGCCCUCCGCAGAGAGGGAGAGAGAGACAAUAGAGCGGGAGGAGGAGGAGGAUGAGGAGGAGGAGGAGGAGGAGGAAGAGGUGGUGGUACGCGGGGGUCGGGAGGAUGCAGGGAUCACGGCACUGAUGAAUGUGGCAGCAAUGAAUGGAAUGAUGAAUGGAGAUGAAGUGCCUGAGCUCAGCUGCAGUCACAACAGACCAGACAAGUUCCCCAACAACCUGGAGCCUGACACAGUUCUCACCGAGCACCAGCUCUUCGACGUGUUCAACAACGCAAUAGUAUCUUUUUAUCGCUCUGAGGAUGAGGGCGGAGGGGAGGAUGGAGGAGGUGGAGGAGGAGCAGGAGGAGGCAGCGGUGGAGGAGAAGGAGGAGGAAAUGCAGGCACUGACUCCUCUUCCAGAAAUGACAGAGGGAGCAGCAGUGGAGGAGGUGCAGUGAACAGCGACAGUGGGACAGGGACGACAGGAGGAGGAGGAAGUGGUGGUAGCGGUGGAGAAAGCGGAAAUACUAAUAACAGUCCUGCAAGUAACGGAGGGGUGGGGCUGGGGGCUCUGACAGGUGGGAUGACCACCAAUGACGCGCUGCUCUUCCACGAGAAAUGCGGCACGUUGAUCAAACUGAGCAACAACAACAAGACGGCGGAGCGGAGGAGACCGCUGGACGAGUUCAACAACGGCGUGGUGAUGACCAACCGGCCGCUCCGACACAACGAGAUGUUUGAGAUCCGUAUUGAUAAGUUGGUGGACAAGUGGUCAGGCUCAAUAGAGAUUGGCGUGACCACACACAACCCCAACAACCUGGACUAUCCUGCAACUAUGACUAAUCUGCGCUCAGGUACAAUCAUGAUGAGUGGCUGUGGGAUACUAACCAACGGGAAAGGAACCCGCAGGGAAUACUGUGAAUUCAGCCUUGAUGAACUCCAGGAGGGAGAUCACAUAGGGUUGAUGCGCAAAGCCAGCGGCGCGCUCCAUUUCUACAUCAAUGGCAUCGACCAAGGUGUUGCAGCAGCGCAGACCCCUGGCGUGGUCUACGGUGUGGUCGACCUAUACGGCAUGGCCGUCAAAGUCACCAUAGUCCACAACCACAACCACAGUGACCGACUCAGACGCAAUAAUGCCAUCAUGAGGGCUUUAUCUCCCGAUGUUGGUCGACCCCGGCCGUCUCUUUCCCUCACUCCGGACCCAGAGGGGCCCGACCGCCUGCUCUUCCACCCCAACUGUGGCCAGAAGGCCGCUAUCAUCAGUGACGGGAGGACGGCGCUGCGGCCACAUGCGACUGACGACUUCAACCACGGCGUGGUCCUGAGCAGCCGGCCUCUGCGCUCCAAUGAGGUGUUCCAGGUCCGCAUCGACAAGAUGGUGGACAAGUGGGCGGGCUCCAUCGAAAUCGGAGUCACAACACACAACCCUGCAUACCUGCAGCUGCCCUCCACCAUGACGAACUUGCGCUCAGGGACUUGGAUGAUGACGGGGAAUGGCGUGAUGCACAACGGAACCACAAUACUGGACGAGUACGGACACAACCUGGACCGGCUCAAGGCAGGUGACACAGUAGGUGUGGUGAGGAAAGAAGACGGCAGCCUCCACUUCUUUGUGAACGGCGUGGCUCAGGGCCCGGCGGCCUGGAACGUCCCUCCCAGCGUCUACGCCGUGGUCGACCUGUAUGGGCAGGCUGCUCAGGCCACCAUCAUGGACGACAUGGUGGACCUCCCCCCUCUCCCAGAGGACAGCUCAGAGGGGCCCACGGCCAUGUCCCCCGGGAGCCCCUGCUCAGUAGCCGGGGCAACCACGACCAGCGACCUGCGUUUCCACCAGCUACACGGCACCAACGCAGUCAUCACCAACGGGGGGCGCACCGCCCUGCGUCAGAACUGCCGCAGCGAGUUCAACGACGCCAUUGUCAUUUCCAACAGGUGCCUUCGAGAUGGAGAGCUGUUUGAGAUCAUUAUUCAGAAGAUGGUGGACCGCUGGUCGGGUUCAAUAGAAGCAGGAGUGACAGCCAUCAGGCCAGAGGAGCUGGAGUUUCCAAACACUAUGACUGACAUCGACUAUGACACUUGGAUGCUCAGUGGAACAGCCAUCAUGCAGGAUGGCAACACGAUGCGCAACAACUACGGCUGCGACCUUGACUCCCUGACCACGGGCUCACGGAUCGGCAUGAUGCGCUCAGCCAGCGGCGACCUCCACUAUUACAUCAACGGCGUGGACCAGGGUGUGGCCUGCUCCGGUCUGCCACCGGAGGUGUUUGCAGUGAUCGACCUGUAUGGUCAGUGUGUUCAGGUGUCCAUCACCAGCUCCUCAGGCCCGCUGGACAACAGCAUGUGUACCAGCAACAUCACUGAGAAGAGCUUCCCCAUUCACUCACCAGUUGCGGGCGUUGCUCAUCGGCUCCACAGUAAACACGGUAAGAACGUGGUGCUGCUGGGUGAGGGCUGCCAGGCCGUCAGAGUCGGAGGUUACGCUCACGGCAUCGUGUUCAGUGCGAAGGAACUCAAAGCGGACGAGUUGUUUGAGGUAAGGAUUGAUGAAGUGGAUGAGCAGUGGUGCGGUUCGCUGCAUAUCGGUCUGACCACGUUGGCACCUCCGGAGCUGCCGUCCUGCCCGCUGUCGGGUCUCUCCCCCUCCCUCCCGCAUCUCCGCACCAAGGUCACCUGGCUGCUCUGCGGUUCUGAAGUCCGUCGCAACGGCGCGCUGCAGCGCCAGAACUACGGCUGUUCACUGGACCGGCUGACGGUUGGGAACCGUGUGGGUGUGAAGAGGUGCAGUGACGACACCAUGCACAUCUUCAUCGACGGAGAAGACAUGGGACCUGCUGCUACUGCAGUGGCCAAGAAUGUGUUUGCAGUGUUGGACCUGUACGGGCGGAUAACAGCGGUGUCCAUCGUCAGCUCCUCGUUGAUGGAGGACAUGGAGAGCGUCAAGGCGCCCUCGCUCUCCUCAGACAGCUGCAGCGAAGGAGAGGAGGACAGCACCCCUGUCAGAGAGGCUCUGCAUGUCAUCUCUUGCUGCCUCCAGGUUGAGGCUGAGCCCUGUGCACUGGUGCCCACCGUCAUGGCGUUCCUGGAAAACCACGGGAAAAACAUCCAGUUGUCCAACCAGAACCUGACAGCAGCCAGAGUGUCGAGCUACAACCAGGGCCUGCUGGUCACCGCCCAGCCGCUGGCUCGCCAGCAGCUGUUCCAGUUUCAGAUCGACCGUCUGAACCCGUCAUGGACGUCGUCGCUGUCGUUAGGGGUCAUAGGUCACUCCCCCGACCGGCUCAACUUCCCCUCCACGGCGUGCUGUCUGAAACGCUCCGCCUGGCUGCUGCAGAGAGACUCUGUCUUCCACAACUCGCUAAAGAUAUGCGAGAACUACGGUCCUAAUCUGGACACUUGUCCAGAGGGGACGGUGUUGGGUCUGCUGGUGGACGCCAACAGUUGUCUCCACCUCUAUGUCAACGGCAUGGACCAGGGCGUGGCGGCGCAGGACAUCCCUUCACCCUGCUACCCCUUCAUCGACCUCUACGGCCAGUGUGAACAGGUCACCAUAGUGACAAACAAUGUGCCAGCUGUGGGUGGAGAGAGCGGUGAGACCCGUUGUCAGGGCGACAUGGAGAAGGCCGACAUGGUUGACGGAAUCAAAGAGAGUGUGUGCUGGACGCCCCCUCCAGAGGUCAACCCCAACAAGACCUGCGAGUACCAGGCGCUGUGCUCACGCUUCAAGGACCUGCUCACAUUACCAGAUGGUUACUUCAACGAGGAUGCAAAGUACAACCUGUGCUACUGUGAGUCCUGCCACAAGCUACGAGGUGAUGAGGCGUAUUACAAGAGAGGCGAGCCGCCCCGUGACUACGCCCUGCCCUUCGGAUGGUGCCGCUUCGCCCUCAGGAUCAAGCCCCACUGUGAGGUUUCUAAUGCACUGAAGAAGUGGCACAUUGCGUACCACGGCACAAGUGUAGGAGCCCUGCGUCGCACGCUGGACCACAGCCAGCUGCUGCCUGGGACGUCGUCGAUCUUCUCAGUGUCUCCGGUGAAGGCGGAGGGGCCCAACGGCUACAGUGAGCCAGAGGAGAACAGCGCCCCCGGCAGGGAGGUUCCCAGAGUGCGGCUCUCCCCCACCAUGCGCUACUCCGGCUUGGAGAUCUUUGCUCCCAAAGUGCAAUUUCGGGACCCCCGCUCUCACCGCUGCCACCAGGCCCAGGUGGGAUUCCAGGUGUGUGUGCGUCCAGGCUCCUACAAGGUGGGACCCCAGACACUCGGCCACAGCGAGCCCCUGGACCCCCGCUUCAGCAACUCAGAGAUCGAGUGGAUCACUAAGGAGCAGGGCGGCACGCUCCUCUACGGCCUGCUCGUCCGGAUCGAGUGAAUGGAGAAACAAGGGAGGCAUUCGGGUGGAAGUGCGGGGGGGGGAGGAGGAGGAGGGUCUACGCGGCACUUCCUCGUACUUUUAAUAAACUGACAACCAAAUCCAACCCCUGCCUUGAGCAAGAGACUCCUCUGGAAUCCAGAUGUUCCUACUCUGGAUUGUUGACAAUUCAGCAUUAUUGAUUUUUUUGUUUUGUUUUUGUUUUUUGGUUGUUUGCUCUUGGAGUCUUUUAACGGCCGGGGGCUACGGCGGUUUCAAAGAAGAACAGACACUGCCUGCACUUUAUGUUUCGGACACUCGUGGGCGAUUUUUUUAACUAACUUCUCAUCGACACGACAUGUUUGUUCAUUCACUGCAGUUAGUUGUUUUUUUAGCCACGUUUCUUUUUUUUCUUUUUUGCUCUCAUUCUUCCCGAAAUCUAAUUUUCUUCCUCACAAACAGCUGUUUUUUUUUUUUCUUUUUCUUUUCACUUUUUGGCACUUGUUUUAACACUCAUCCCUUCUGCUCUGGUCAGUGUUUUAUUUCAGGAGGAGCUGUCCCCUGCCAACCUGCACGUUAACGGACUGUCACCUGAAGAGACUGAAACGUGGGUCAAAAAAAAAAAAAAAAAAAAGAGGAAAAAAAAAACUAAGUGACAAUGUGUUCACAAAAAUAUGAAAAACAGAAACCCAAGAGUGUCUUGUGACUGUGACUUCUUUGGGGGGGGUGGUGGGGGGGGUUCAAACUGGAGGAAGAAAAAAAUGUUUACACAUGUACCACUGUAUGUUGCUGUCCUCUGUGUCUCCACAUUAGCAGUCUGGCUACUUUCUUAGUCCUGUUUGCAUUUCUUUUACGGCCCAGCCUCACCUCUUACUCCUCUUCACAAAUGGAGGGAAAAAAAAAAAAAAAAAUCACAGACGUAAAAACUGUGGAGAAAACUGGAAAGUUUGACAGAAAAAUUCACUUGAAAAAACCUCCUCCACCUUUUGGGAAGCUUAAAGUAGUGUGAGAUACUGAAUGGCAAAUUACUUGUGCUACAAGUGAAAGGAUACAUCGUGAAAUAUUUAAAAAUAUAUAUAUUUACUUCUAUAUUUGGUGGGUUGUGAUACACCUACUGCUGCUGGCACAAGCGCAAAGAUUUAAAAAGGAACUUUUGUACGUUUUGGGAAAUAAGCUUAUCCGCUUUCUUGCCAAGAGUUAGAUAAGAAGAUUACACCACUCUCAUGUCUGUACGGUAAAUACGAAGCUACAGCCAGCAGACAGCUGUCCUGGAUGGUUCCCAUAGAAAAAGCUCAGGAUAGCGGCUGUGCACUGAUUUUUAGAGGCGGUGGGAAAAAGACAUUUGACAAACCAAUCACUGAGUAGUCAUCCUUUUUUCUUUUUCUUUUCCUGAACUGAAAAAUAAGUGUUUGAAAACACUUAUAACAAAAUAUAAAUUUGUGUUGUUGAGUUGGGUUUCAAGUGAGGUUAAGACACAUUAAUGGUGUUGGCAGUGUUUUCAAAGAUUUUUUUUUUUUUUUUUUACUUUAACCCGCCCCCCUCCUCCCUUGAAGUGCACACUGACUUUCCUCAGCUUUUCCAUGGGAACCAUCCAGGAAAAGUCCUGUAUGGGCCAGCACCCGGUCCAGAGGUGACAACAUCCACCUGUCCGCAGCCCUAAAGUUCCCCGAUUAACACUUUAUCUUGUUUGUUCAAUCCCUACAAAGAAUUCUCCAAAUUAUUAUUUUUUUUGACCAGUUGCCAGGUAACCAGUGGAGUAUACGUUGGGUUGCCUGGAAACCAGUACCAGUCCGGGACAACAAAUUGUUCAGCACAUAACCCGAACAACUGCGAAUCUUACACUUGUUUUGUACAGAUGAAACAAAGGAGAUAUACUGUGUUCAGCAGGGAGCUUUAGAUGUGCUGGUAGGGGGGUUUGUUUCCUUUAAACGGAGAGAAGCUGGUUGUAGCUUCAUGUUAGCAUACAUACAUGUUAGCAUACAUACAGAGGAGUGGCAUCAGUCUGCAAAAGCGAAUAACUGCAAUUCCCAAAAUGAGAAUUAUUUGUUUUAAAAAUGUGGUUUUAAAUGGAUUGAAGCCAAAGGGUUUAAGUGGUUUUCCACAUCACUCCCGCUCUAUCCCUUUUCCCUCCAUCGUUUACAUUAGAUCCACUCACACCUCCGCUCCUCUGAUCCAUCCAUCCGUCAUGUCUUGACUGUUUACCGGGCAGGACCUCCAGAGCCAACCCCCCGAGGAGCGCCGAGAUCAGCAGGACGCCGAGUAGUCCGCACACCACGACCUGUGCUGGUGUUUACAUGUGAAUGUUAUCAAUUAGGGCUCUGCGGUUCUAUUACAUCAACUGACAUCAUUGAUUUACAUUUGGUAAAAAUGUUUGUACAAGGGUUUUUAUUUGCUCCAAAACAUCCACCUACUGACUGAUUGUAUGUGAACAGCUUUCCAAAGCGUUUAUUUCUUUUUCACCGUUUUCUCAGUCCUGUUGCCAAUUUGAUAAACCUGCUACAGAACAAGAUACCCCCCCUCCCCCUCCCCACAGGCACCGUUUUGAUGAGUCAAACUCAAAAAUAAUAAUUAAAGAAGCUCAGUCACCUUCUAAGAGCAGCUGUGAUUUAACUGAUGGAAGAUCUACGGGGGUUUGGCAAAGGAAAAACUUCCAAUCAAAAAUGUGAAAAAUAUUAUUAUAUGGGUUGUUUACGGCCCAGUGCUGCUUUGUACAAUUUGAUUUGUAUUGUUUUUUUGUUUUUGUUUUCUGUAUGUUGCGUUGUACAGGCUGUUACAUAACAAAUCAUAUCUUCCUGAUUUAUAAAAAAUAAAAAUAAACUGACAGACAGUAUGCACAGAAA